CGUGCCCCCCACAGCGACCCCGACAGCGUCGUGCUGUGCGUUCUGGCCACCGACGAGGAGGACGAAGGCGACAUCGCCCUGCAGAUCCACUUCACCCUCAUCCAGGCGUUCUGCUGCGACAACGACAUCCACAUCCUGCGCGUGUCCGGGAUGCAGCGCCUCGCCGCCAUCCUCGGCGGGGGCGACCCCGAGCCGGGGGCCGAGCCCCGGGACCUGCACUGCCUCCUGGUCACGAACCCGCACACGGACGCCUGGAAGGGCCAGGGGCUGGCGGAGGUGGCGAGUUACUGCGCCGAGAGCCGCGACAGGAACCAGUGGGUGCCCUACGUGUGUCUGCAGGAGCGCUGAGCCCUUCCCGGCCCCUUCCCGGCCUGGACCUGAAGGAUCUAAAAAAAAAAAAAAAAACCAAAAACCAAAAAAAGCCGACAUAAACCAGCAGGACAAAAAAGAAGGAGAAAACAAGAGCCAGUUCCAACCCACAAACCCAAGAACCCACCGAUUUUAUUUUUCUUUUUAACCGGAGAGGAGAAGGAGGAGCAGGAAAGGGAGCGCGGCCGCAGCGGUGGGAAUGGAGGGGGAGCCGAGCCGAGCCUGGAUGGACACUGGCCGGGGCCUGGAUGGACACUGGCUGGAGCCCGGAGGGACAGUGGCCAGAGCUGCCGGCCCAGGAGUCGUGCUGGCCCAGGGGCCGGAGCUGGGGACCCCCAGAGCCCGGGGGGGGUGACCCCGGAGCUGGAGACUGUCAGGAUUUUUGGCAGCUGGGACCCGAUGGAGGCGAGGACUUGCAGAGGGGUGGAGUUUUUUUGUUGCAAAAACUUGCGCUUUUUUUUUUUUCCAAGGAAUUACCGACGUCUGCACAAGAUGGACCUGCACCCCCCUCCCCGGGGGUGCUGCUUUUGCACUUGGAGACCCUUGAGCUGAAUCUUUUCCAGAGUUUAUUCUUAUACCGAGUGAGGAACUUAAAUUUAUUUGCAAUAAAAUAUCUGAAGUCA